UACACAGAUUUAGUGAUUCAAUACAUUGAAAGCCAUUUAGAUCUCUCUGCUGCUCUUUCUCUUUAACGCAUGAAUGGAUAUUUAGCCAUUUGGAUCUCUCUACUGCUAUUUUUCCUUAACACAUGAAUAGAGAUUUAGCGAUUCAGUCUAGCUUGUCGAUUUCCAUGCGGAGCUAGCAGGCCAGGAGGAUUAAUUAAGAAAGGGCGAAAUUAACUCGGUGAAUGCUCUCUAUCACCAUAGAUAGAUGGAUUGAUUAAAACCUAGCUAUCGAUCGCCAUGGACAUCUUUUCAUUCAAGUACGAAUCUGCAAAGCGUGCUGUGCUUAGAAUCUUGCUCGAUGGGUCCGCACACAAGAUGUACGUGGAGGCGUGGAGGGGAGUCGGGGCAACCGCUUUACUCCGAGAGGUGGCGGAAGAGGUCGAGGCGCGGGGGAAGCGCAAGUUUGAGACGGUGAUCCAGGUGGUGCUGCCCGCACCAUUUCGGAACGGCAGGGAGAUGCAGAGGGCGGUGGCGGAGCAGCUGAAUCUUCUACUACCAUUACCUCCUUCGGUGACGGCUGCUGCUUUCGACGCGGCGGACGAAGACGACGACUUCUCGGGUGUGGAAUUCAGCUAUAGAGACCCGCUUUCGGAGGUCGCUGAGGAGAUAAACAGAGCCGUGAGGGAUCGUAGUGGUGUGCUGCUCGUCCUUUGCAAUAAUAUUGCGGGUGGCAAAUUAAUCGACGCUAAUGGUUUGGGUAUUCCUAUCGAUAGGCAGGGGAGCCAGAAUGCGGUCUUGUGGACCUCUGGGAUGAAUAUUAGCAGGGAAGGUGCGUCAGCAAGUGCGGAUUUGAUUGUAAAGAUUGAGCCACCGAACAAAGCUGCCGCACUUGAUCUUGUGUACAAGGAGGCCGUCAGGAUUGCCCGUUACAUUGACGAGAGCAGCGGUGGGCGCUUGCGGACCACCCCACUAAUAGUCCUCCACUGCUUUUGGUAUUGCCUGCUGUUGUUGCGUAGAGCAGCGUUUAAUCCAUCGGCACUACUACUACCCGAUGGUGGUCGGCCCCUGGAAGCUGCUGUCAAGUAUUUUGUAUGCGACGGAAUUUUACAAGGAGAUGAUGCGGCGGCGUGGGAGAUUGGGAAAGCACUAGCUCCGGUGAUUGGAUCCAUAGUAAAUGAUCAAUAUUGGCAGGAAGAAAUAACCUCUUCCACUUGGACACCGAGGCUGUCUGAGUUGCGGUUGCCCCCGAAAACUUUGUUGAUCGACUCUAUCACACAAGGAGAUUGGGUAAAAUCAUUGUCAUUGGAGACGAAGAGUUACCGUUGGAUCUCAAUAUGCUCUCCUCAAAAUAAUAAUCCAGAGCCAUGGGAUUUCCUAUCCAAAUUAUAUGGCAGUUCAGUCAUGUCUGAUGUUUCAUCCUUUUCUGGGCAUUUUGAGAAAACACUCAAAGCUCUACCAUACGACUUCUUCGACCAUUUCAGCAACGUUCGAGUGCUGGACCUUCUCGGCUGCAUAGUAAGUCCUAUAGGACAUUCCUCCUUUCUUCGUCUUUGCAACCUGAGAAUGCUUAGGCUGGAGCGGUGUGAAGUAACUUCUCUUGAUCCUAAUUCUCAUUCGUCAGCACCAGAGGGACGACGAGAACCAAUACUUUUUGAUAACUUAUGGGUCCUGAAUUUAUACAACUCGGAUGCCGGUGCAUUUCUUCUAGCAGGGAAAGCCUUUGAGCUCAUGCCUAAUCUUUUGGAGCUCGAUCUCAAAGAAGGAACUUCUCUCCUACACCAAAUAGCUCUGAAUGAACUUCGAGAGCACAUGCACAGAUUGGAAGUUUUGAAACUAUCAGGGAACGUCAGUACUAACUUUUUGCCAAGGAGCCUAUCAAUGGCAAUCAGCCUCAAAGAGCUUAUUCUCAACGAUUGCAACGGGUUAGAAUAUCUAAACUUCAAUCUCCCUGCAACAAUUGAAACAAUCAGCCUACAAAGGUGCGCAUCGCUAAAAGAGGUGGAGCUAGUCGACCCUGCAGCAGCUCCUUUGCCCAACCUCAAGACCUUCCGCCUCAGCGGCUCUAAGCUGAUCGCCAAGCUCUCCCCACAGGGAUGCCGUAAGUUGGAGAACGUAGACCUACAGGAAUUGACGGGGCUCGAGGUGCUCGAUCUUUCAUGCACCACAAUAAAAGCGGUGGAUAUCAGCAAACUCUCACAACUGAAGCAAUUAUUUCUCCUCGGAUGCGAGCAACUCCGUAGAGUAGCCGGUCUUGAUAAAGGACCAAGACUAGAUGUGCUGUACUUGGAUAACUACAAUGGCGGCGGUGCUUGCGACGUCGAUCCGUGCCUUGAUUCCUUUCAAAAUCAAAGACAAAGUGAGUUAACCAAGGAAACUAAUGAUGCUGAUCAAAGAUUAUUCCAUGCUCAUGUGGUCGUGAAGGAUGUUAGGCUCUUCCGGUCACUUCGUGAUGCUUUUCCUGACUCAAGCAGAGCAAAAUCCCGCUUCCAUAUCCACGUCAAGGGUUCUUCAACUGCUAAGAGAGGCACUAAUAUUGGUACUACCACCAGAUCGAAUGCUACUAUAACGUCGGCAUCAUGUUAUGCAGAUGUUUUAAACACUAUGAUCGAUCGUCACCGUCGACAUCACCCGUCGCCACCUGCUAUGCACCUGAAUAAUCACAUAGAGGUUGAUGGAGGUUGCGAUUCUCGAAUAGUAGAGGAAAUUGGAUUUACAAGUAUAAUGGCAUUUGCUAAUUCUUUAUUUAUUCGUGGCAACACAUCUAAUUUUACCAUCAGCAUUCCAUUAAGAGAUCUCAAAUGUUUACGCAUUAAGAGGUGCCCUAACAUGGAGUUUAUCUUCUCCUGGGGGGAUGAGUAUAAUUAUUUGUUGGAAUCAGAGAGCAUAUGGCUCAGCCAACUUCCGAGGCUCAAAGCUUUAUGUAGAGAAGGAAGGAUUGAGCAACUGAAGCAUAUUGACUUGGAGUUUUGUGCGAGACUAGAAUACGUAUUUUCCUCACUCUCGGAGCUACACGAGUUGGAAACAAUCAAAAUCCGUUAUUGCUGCAAUCUAAAGGCAAUUUUCAUCGUUGAUUAUGUUUGUUAUCCAAAGCUACUUCCGAAACUGAGGUCCAUCCAUCUACAAGCGCUUCCAAAGCUACGGCACAUAUGCGAGCCUAACAUUAAUGCUCCGUUGCUAGAGGAGCUCAAGUUGAGAGGGUGUUUUAAUCUCAGAAAGCUUCCUCUUGUUGGCCAGUCAAACGCUCGUUCAGUGAGAGCUGUGAAGAUUAGCUGCGAGAAGUAUUGGUGGGAUAAGCUACAACGGUAUGGUUUAAAAUCCUAUCGCCUCUCUUCUCUCUACAACCCAAAAUUUUCUCCUGAUUAUAAGAAGCCUAUGAAAGCUAGAUAGUUAUGGAGCACAGCUCUGCUCCAAUGUUCAUAUGCAUGGUGAACCAUCUCUCUCUCUCUCUCUAUAUAUAUAUAUAUAUAUUACUUGUAUAUUUGUGUGUAUACACUCUCACGUGUGCUUAAUCGUGUGCAUCUAUAUAUAUCGAUGUUAGCCAAGUUCUUCAUAUGCUUUGGAGAAAUAAGCUAACCAUAGCGCAGCAUGGUCUCUCUUUUCUAUUUAUAGGUGUGUGAGUUUGUCUAUGUACAUGUGUAAAACAUAUUAUAUAUAUAUAUAUAUUUUUGAUUUCUUGA